UAUCUGUCAUUCUCAUCUGGUUGCUCGUGUAAGCGAUCGUUGGGGAUUUUAUUUUUGAUUAUUUUGGCUUUAUUGUUUGAUUUAUCAAAUUGUUGAUUGUUAAGUAACAAGCUCUGACCAUAUCAUUAUAGGAAUACUAUGUCGGUGAUGGAGUUUCUCAAGGAUCUACCGUCGUACGACGAGCACAACUUCACAUUAUUCAAUACGGAUCAUGGAAUUAGAAAUUGUUCUAAAAGACCGUCGAUUUAUUUACCAACUAAGGAUAUACCAUCUGAACAAAUAAUUGUAACAGAAAAAACAAAUAUACUGUUAAGAUAUCUACACCAGCAAUGGGAGAAAAAGAACAACAACUCACCAAAGAAGCGUGACCAGAGCCACAUUGAACAGAAUGGCGAGGAGAGCCGACCUCGCAAGAGGCCGUGUCUCAACUCCCCGCUCAACUGAAGCCCUGCCAGCGAGCCAGCAGUUAGUUUGUGCUUCAGUUAUAGACUUUACAGAGUGUACUGCAUUUUUGUAUCGAGAUUUGUAUUCCACAUUUUUAGGUCAAAUUAUACAUUGAUUCUCGAAACGCAUUGGUCUCAUGUUUUUUGGGAAGAAUAACACUAUCACAGUCAAGUGCCAUUACAUAGGAAUCUUUGAAUAAGUUCUCAUAAUGUGUGGCUGUAAGUUAUUAUUAUAUUUCAGUGGAAAAUUGAUAAUCAAAGUAUGAAUUAUAUUCAUUCCAUGUUUUAUAAUUAAGUUUUUUUAUUCAACAUAAACCUCUUUGGAGA